CGAUUCGGGAGUGCCCCAGCGUUUUAUAUACAUUAAGUAAAUAAAAAAUGCUGCUAAAAGAGAAUCUCUGUCCAACAUGAGCAAAUCUCAGGAGAGGAGUACGAGCUCCGCUAUCUCCACACCCAACAAGGCAGGCGACGACCUUCACAAUGUUUCGGACACUUUUUACACCAGUCAGCGCAAAGGAAGCCACGUAUUUCGAGUACGCCUGGACGCCACAGGAUUCACCCUGCAACGCGAGUCGCCCAGCGGAGUCAUCAUCAAGGAGCAGACGGUUAAGAUAUGUGAUAUUGUUGGAGCACGCUGCAUGCGCAUGAAGAAGUCGCCACGCAACCUGGGUAGAUGUGCCUGCGUCAAUCCUGGCACUCCAGCAGGUGCGGCCAGUCGCAAGGGCGGCACGCCCAGCAAGUGCAGCCCCGCCAGCAAGGAGGAGAAUGCAUGCGAUGUGGGCGAUGGCAGCGCCUAUUUGUAUUUGUUUGCCUACGUUCUCAAAAAGAAAAGCUUGCGUAGCAGCCUGCACAGGGAGAGGACUGUGCUGACUCUGCGCUUUCGUUCCUUUGACACAUUUGAGGAUAACAUGCGUGAGGCGGAUCGCUGGUAUCGCGCUCUGCGCUGGCAGCUGAAUCAAACACUAGAGGACAUAUUUGUGGAGCGUAUAGGUGAGGCUCGACGUCGCCGCGUCCUGGUGCUGCUCAAUCCCAAGUCCGGGUCAGGAAAUGCACGCGAGGUGUUCAACAUGCAUGUCGCACCCGUGCUCAACGAAGCCGAGAUACCCUAUGAUCUGUAUGCAACGAAGCAUUCCAACUACGCAAUCGAAUUUAUGAGCACUCGUCGCCUGGAUGACUGGUGCACUAUAAUAGCCGUUGGCGGAGACGGACUUUUUCACGAGAUAGUUAACGGACUGCUGCGCCGCGCAGAUUGGGCCCAAGUCCUGGACAACAUAGCAUUGGCCAUUAUUCCUUGUGGCUCUGGCAAUGGGCUGGCACGUUCCAUAGCGCACGGCUAUAACGAACCAUAUUUCAGCAAUCCUGUACUGGGUGCCGCUCUAACUGCCAUCAGCGGUCGCAGCUCGCCCAUGGAUGCGGUGCGUGUGGAGCUACAAAAUCGUGUUAUGUUUUCGUUCCUCUCUAUUGGUUGGGGCCUCAUCUCGGACGUGGAUAUCGAGAGUGAGUGCAUACGGAUGUUUGGCUAUCAACGCUUCACUAUUUGGACGCUGUACCGCCUGGCCAACUUGCGGACUUACAAUGGGAAAAUCAGUUAUCUUCUGGCGGAUGAGACGCAGGAGCCACAGUCCAUGCUGUUGCCGCAGUCGGAACAGUUGCGAAAGAUGCAGUCCAGUCGCAGCUGCAAUGUGCAUAUCGAUAAGCUGUCCACUGCCAGCUGUCACCGUUCUUCGGAGUAUUUGCCCCAAGAGUUCGAGGACGUCAUCUCACUGGAAACGUCCAUAAAUCAGUCGUUUCGUUCGCGUUGCGACAGUUGGCUAUCCGGCGGAUCACGUCGCAGCUGCUAUUAUUCCAUAUCAGAGAGUGUUUAUCACAGUUUGGCCGAUGAAAGCGAAUUUGCGGAUCUGUCGGCUGCAGCUGCUACUGAAUUGGAGCAGAACCAGCAUAACUUCGGCCCAAGUAGCAUCCUACCGUCGCUGAGCGAACCGUUGCCCGAGGCCGCCGGUUGGCUGGUCGAGGAGGGAGAAUUUAUCAUGAUGCAUGCCGUUUAUCAGACGCAUCUCGGCGUGGAUUGCCACUUUGCACCCAAAGCGCAAUUGAACGAUGGCAAAAUAUUUUUGGUAUUAAUACGCGGCGGCAUUAGCCGUCCGCAUCUGCUUAGCUUUUUAUAUAACAUGAGCACCGGCACUCACCUGCCCGAGAAGAACAAUGAAUAUGUGAAGGUGCUGCAGGUGCGUGCGUUCCGUUUGGAGCCGCACGACAAUCACGGCAUCAUCACAGUGGAUGGUGAGCAGAUUGAAUUUGGUCCACUCCAGGCGGAAAUCCUGCCAGGCAUUGCGCGCGUCAUGAUACCAAAAUGAGGAUUGGCCAAGGGAACGCAUAGAAUCUCAAGCAACGAGCGUACAUUCGAGCAAUAAUUAAUCACUAAAGAGAAUCUCUGCAUUUGUAUAUGUAGGUGUAGGAAAUUCUGUUGUUAGGUUUGGCCCUGUCGGCAGAUGCAUGCAAUAUUGUGUAAUUUUUAUAUUAAUGCUGCAACAGAUUUUGUAAUUUUCUUGUUAACAUUUAUCAUAAUUAUUGCAGUUAUUAACAAAAUAUAUAUAUCUAUAUAUAAGAAAAACAAACUAUUACGUGGUCAGGCUGAAAUAUCAUCGACGUUGACAAGAUAAAA